CCAUGCCGUCUGUUCACUCCAAUAAGCAGCAGCAGGGAGGAGGGAGAGCUGUUUACGUUAUCAAAGCCAUGUCCAGGAAGAAGGCAAAGGGCAAAGGCAUCUCCAAGAGUCCCAAAGGGUCGCCGAGCAGCGGGAGGACGGGGAAGGGACUGGCCGCCGGUGCCUCACCGACCUCGGGUCUUGUUUACCCCAGCAGACCAUCCAUCAGCGGCAGCGGGGAGUUUUAUGAUAUCGCAUUCAAGGUGAUGUUGGUGGGAGAUUCAGGUGUUGGAAAGACCUGUCUGCUGGUACGCUUCAAAGAUGGAGCCUUUCUUGCUGGGAGCUUCAUCUCCACUGUGGGUAUUGACUUCAGGAAUAAAGUGAUGAACCUUGAUGCUGUGAAGGUCAAACUGCAGAUUUGGGACACUGCCGGUCAAGAGCGAUUCCGGAGUGUCACCCAUGCGUACUAUCGUGAUGCUCACGCUCUCCUCCUCCUCUAUGAUGUAACUAACAAAGCAUCGUUUGACAACAUCCGGGCAUGGUUGACAGAGAUCCACGAGUACGCCCAGCAGGACGUAGUCAUCAUGCUGCUAGGCAACAAGGCGGAUUCCAGCCACGGCAGGGUAGUGAAGAGAGAGGAGGGAGAGAAGCUGGCAAAGGAAUUUGGGGUGCCAUUCAUGGAGACGAGUGCCAGGUCUGGACUGAAUGUUGAGCUGGCCUUCACUGCUGUGGCCAAAGAACUGAAGCACAGGACCAUGAAGGAGCCCGAUGAGCCAAAGUUUCAGUUGCAGGACUACGUCAACAAGGAAAUGAGAACUUCUGGCUGCUGUCGGUCGUAGACGACGUCUGUGUGCAAGCUGAGUAUAUGAGAGUAAUAUGAGAGUAUGUAUGAGACAGAUUCCCAUCAAAUAUCUAAUAAGUCCGUGCACCGGAGACUUUUUCUUGUUUAUGGAAUUGUUUCUCUCUAGUUCAAUGUACCUCUGCUACCGUGAAUGUAACACAGCUCAUACUGUACAUGCAGGCUGGUGUGAUUAUGCACGUCACUUCCACAGUUGAAUUCUGUGUUAGUCUCCCCUCACGGCCUCAUUGAAUGUGUCCCGUUACUGUGAUGUGCACAUUUCAAACACAAGCUUUAGUUUUGUGACAAGUCUUGUGGAAAUAAAAAUCUAAAGAUAUAA